CUGAAAAAGAAAGUGACCAACAAGGCACACGUUGAGGCUUCAAUUUGUCAAGCGUAUCUUCAACAAGAAAUCUCAACGUUCUCGUCUUUUUACUUCGAGCGUGACGUCAUCACCAGAAGGAAGAGACCUGCCCGGAACGAUGACAUUGGCGAGGAUUUAUAUGAAAAUGUAGUUUCCAUCUUCAAUUACCCAGGCAGAGGUAAAGGUGCUGCGACACAACGAUACAUCCUGGGUGGGGAAUUGCAAAUUGCGCAUACUUAUAUCCUCAUGAAUUGUCCAGAAAUCUCACCGUUUUAUCAUGAAUUCCGAGCUUCUUUAUCAGCCUUUCCUGAGAAUGAAAUUGAUGCGUUGGUGGACUCUGAUUUUGUAAAUUGGUACAAGUAUCAGAUCAAUAGUCGUGGGAUUGUCGACCCUUUGUUACUAUCAUUAGCGUGGGGCCCAAGUGCCAGUGCCAAAGUGUG